GAUGACAAUAAGGCUGGCAAAUGGGCUGGUAUAGUUUGAUCAACUAAUCCAAUGAACUCAACGAAUCUCCGCAUAAUUUGCUGAGUCUUUGAGUGUGACAUUUAUGAGUUGUUAUUUGUUGACUUAUGUAAUUCAAACUCAAGAUCUACCAAUUAUUGUAUAAUAGUUGUCUAGUUGAGUAUGUCUUACCUUAUGAUUAAAUUCGGGGUUUAGUUUAUUCAAUUGACUAUUUGAUCACUUUCAUCCAUUUUUCAUUAUCUAUAAGAUUUCAGCUUAUUUUGGAAGCCGUAAAAUCAUGAACGCUCUUGCAGCAACAAAUAGAAAUUUUAAGCGCGCAUCCCAACUGUUGGGAUUGGAUGCUAAACUUGAAAGGAGUCUUCUCAUUCCAUUUAGAGAGAUCAAGGUUGAGUGCACCAUACCAAAAGAUGACGGUACUCUUGCUUCUUUUAUUGGAUUCAGAGUUCAACAUGACAAUGCUAGAGGCCCCAUGAAGGGCGGGAUCAGAUACCACCCUGAGGUUGAUCCAGAUGAGGUCAAUGCAUUAGCACAAUUAAUGACAUGGAAAACAGCAGUAGCAAAUAUCCCUUAUGGUGGUGCGAAGGGUGGCAUAGGGUGUAACCCAUCAGAUUUGAGUCCUUCUGAGCUUGAACGUUUGACACGAGUCUUUACCCAGAGGAUUCAUGACCUGAUCGGAAUCCACACUGAUGUACCAGCACCUGAUAUGGGGACAAACUCACAGACAAUGGCCUGGAUAUUGGAUGAGUACUCGAAAUUUCAUGGACAUUCACCAGCAGUUGUAACUGGAAAACCUAUUGACCUUGGUGGAUCUCUUGGUAGAGAUGCGGCUACAGGAAGAGGGGUGCUCUUUGCUACUGAAGCUCUUCUAAAUGAGUAUGGGAAAACUAUAUCUGGACAGAGCUUCGUGAUACAGGGAUUUGGGAAUGUAGGUUCGUGGGCAGCUCGUCUUAUCAGUGAAUUAGGGGGAAAGGUUGUUGCUGUAAGUGAUAUAUCUGGAGCCAUAAAAAACAAGAACGGACUUGACGUUGACAGCUUACUGAAACACGUCAAAGAAAAUCGUGGAGUUAAAGGCUUCCAUGGUGCAGAGGCAAUUGACGCCAAUUCAAUAUUGGUUGAAGAUUGUGAUGUGCUAAUCCCAGCUGCCCUUGGUGGCGUUAUCAACAGGGAUAAUGCAAAUGAAAUCAAGGCCAAAUUUAUCGUUGAGGCAGCAAACCACCCUACUGAUCCAGAAGCAGAUGAGAUAUUGAAAAAGAAAGGUGUUGUCAUCCUUCCUGACAUAUAUGCAAACUCUGGUGGUGUUACCGUGAGUUACUUUGAGUGGGUUCAGAACAUUCAAGGAUUCAUGUGGGAUGAAGAGAGAGUGAACAAUGAACUCAAGAAUUACAUGACACGGGGAUUGAAGGAUGUAAAACAAAUGUGCAAGACGCAUGAUUGUGAUCUUCGUAUGGGAGCCUUCACCCUCGGAGUUAAUCGUGUUGCUCGGGCAACUGUUCUCAGAGGUUGGGAAGCCUAAGAUCAUAAUAUGCUUGUGAUUGUUUUUAAAUAAGAGGCCUCUUUGCUCUUUGCUCUUUGCUCACCUGGUCUGUGCAUUCAAUUAUUAUGGAGAUAUGCUCCAAUGUUUAAGUUAUAUGAUGCCUCUAUACAUGACGUUCUUAGACACUGGGUCCUUUAUCAUUACCCUGGUGAAUUAGAGGAGAGAUUAUCCCCAAUUUAGAUUUUUUUUUUUUUUUAUGUUUUUGUGUAAUUGCUCACGGUUUUUUACCGGAUUUGUAACUUUAUGAUUAAACAAGAGCAAGGAAGCUUCAUGGUUAGGAGUUGACACCUUCUGAAAUCGCUUCCUUUGUUGUCCAUUUUACAUGUAAUUACAUAAUCUUAAUAAAUUAAGGUUUUUGUAAAGAAAUUACAUUUGAUUUCGAAUGCAACUUUUAAAUCAAUGUUUAUUAGUUGUAUUAUUUUGUAAAAUUAAUUUUGAUGUUUUUAUUUA